AUGCGCCGCUUCGUCGCCGACCGGGCGCGGCGCGCGGUGACCUCCUCCGCCGCUUCGAUGCGCGCGGCCGCCACCAGAUCAGCCGCGCCGUCUGCCGGGGCUGCCCCCUCGGCGCCAUCCCCGCCGCCGGCCGCGGCGGCGGCGCUGGCCAUGGCUUCCGCCAUGGUGAGGGCCAUGUCGACCGCGGCUGCCGGCGCGGCGCCGGUGUCACUCGACACCAUCAACCCCAAGGUGUUGAAGUGUGAAUAUGCUGUCCGUGGAGAGAUUGUUACACAUGCUCAGAAUUUACAACAAGAAUUACAGAAAAACCCAGACUCACUUCCUUUUGACGAGAUACUUUAUUGCAACAUUGGAAAUCCCCAAUCUCUUGGCCAGCAGCCAGUUACAUUUUUCAGAGAGGUCUUGUCGUUAUGUGAUCAUCCAGCUCUGCUGGAUAAAAGUGAAACUCAUGCUCUGUACAGUUCAGAUGCUAUAGAAAGAGCAUGGCAAAUUCUAGACAAGAUCCCAGGAAGAGCAACAGGAGCCUAUAGCCAUAGUCAGGGUAUAAAGGGUUUGCGUGAUGAAAUUGCUGCUGGAAUUGCUGCCCGUGAUGGUUUUCAUGCUAGUGGAGAUAACAUAUUCCUAACAGAUGGAGCAAGCCCAGCAGUGCACAUGAUGAUGCAAUUAUUGAUAAGAUCUGAGAAUGAUGGCAUUCUCUGCCCUAUUCCGCAAUACCCGCUCUACUCCGCGUCAAUUGCUCUCCAUGGUGGUUCUCUUGUUCCUUAUUUCCUUGAUGAAGAGACAGGUUGGGGACUGGAGGUUGAUGAGCUUAAGAAACAAUUGGAGGAGGCUCAGUCUAAGGGUAUCACUGUUAGAGCACUUGUUGUUAUAAAUCCAGGGAACCCAACUGGGCAGGUUCUUGCUGAGGAAAAUCAAAAGAAAAUUGUCGAAUUCUGCAAAAAUGAAGGACUUGUUCUUCUUGCAGAUGAGGUGUACCAAGAAAACAUAUAUGUAGAAGACAAGAAAUUCCAUUCUUUCAAAAAGAUCGCACGAUCAAUGGGAUACACAGAUGAUGAUCUUCCUUUAGUAUCAUUCCAAUCAGUUUCGAAAGGUUACUACGGAGAAUGUGGAAAACGAGGAGGCUAUAUGGAAGUAACUGGAUUUAGCGCUGAUGUAAGGGAACAAAUUUACAAGGUGGCAUCAGUAAACCUGUGUUCCAACGUGUCUGGCCAAAUACUCGCUAGCCUCAUAAUGAACCCACCGAAGGCUGGGGAUGAAUCCUAUGAAUCCUUCAUGGUAGAGAAAGACGGGAUCCUCUCCUCUCUGGCUCGACGUGCAAAGGCUUUGGAAGAAGCCUUCAACAGCUUAGAAGGCAUAACAUGCAACAAGGCCGAGGGUGCGAUGUAUCUCUUCCCUCGCAUCUAUUUGCCCCAGAAGGCAAUUGGAGCUGCCCAAGCAGCUGGUACUGCCCCAGAUGCGUAUUAUGCCCGCCGCCUUCUUGAAGCUACUGGAAUUGUUGUUGUUCCUGGUUCUGGAUUUGGGCAGGUUCCUGGAACGUGGCAUUUUAGAUGCACAAUUUUGCCACAGGAGGACAAAAUACCAGCGAUCAUAUCCAAGUUCAAGGAGUUCCACGAGAAGUUCAUGGAUGAAUUCCGGGAUUAAGAAUCUCGUAAACUGAAAAAUUGCUGGCAUUGGAUGUACUUCUAAAACUUGGCUUUUCUGCCUUCUGUCAAAGGCAAUGCCAUCAACUUCAAAUCAAAAUAAUAAGACCAUCCAUUCGCACCACCCUGGAUUGGUCAGUGUAACUCCUCCUCAGCUCUUGUUAGGUCGAAUGAAAACCUGCAAAAUCCUGGAGAAUUGCUUACUUGCAAAAAGAAGUUAAAAACCUUUGAUUCUGUUUGCCAUGUGAGAAGUGUCUUAGGAUUGACUGUCUGAGAGAUGUAACAAAUUACUCGAACUUUGAGGCCUAGUGAAAUGCCCCCAGCCAGCACAUCCCUGAAAUUUUGGCUAAUGCUACGGGGGGGAAUCUUACUGUCCA